AUCCCUCCCAGUAGUUUCUGGUCGUAAGAAGACCGCUGCUUCUUAAGCAUUGCGAAGCCACGGCGUCCGGAGUUGAUUUUCUGGGACCAAACCAUACGGCAACCCCGCAAAACCUUUGCAUAGCCAUGGCGUCAGUGGCUUUCGGAGCAGACUUUCUUCGACCCACGAUGUCAACGGGACCCCUCAACCACCCAUGAGUCUCUUGUCUCCUCCAUCACCCCAAAACUCCGAAGUCUUCUCCCAAGAAUUCUUGGAAAACGAAAGCUCAAACCAUUCUUGAAGAAGAAGAGGCUGCAAGAGAAGUGAAAAUCUCGACAAGCAGCCAACAUGGCCGCCCGCAUCGCCACACUCUUCAUCCUACUCCUUUCGCUCCCGACCAUCACGCCGUCGUCGUCGCCGUCGUCCCUCUGGGUUUGCAUCGUCGGAAGCGGAAUCGGCGGCUCCUCGGUGGCCCACUUCCUCCGGGAGUACUCCUCCCCCUCCGCCUCCAUCUCCAUCCGCGUCUUCGAGCGGCACGGCGUCGUUGGGGGUCGCAUGGCGAGGGUCAACGUGGGCGGGGACAGCUUCGAGGCCGGCGGGUCGAUCCUCCACCCCAAGAACUACCACGCCUUGAAUUACACCAAAUUGAUCGGCUUGAAGAUGAGAUGGCCGAAUGCCACGUCGGCCAGCGACGGCCGCGACGAUGAUGGCGAUUUUGGGAUCUGGGAUGGGAAGAGCUUCGUGUUCAAGACAUGGAGGGUCAACUCCAAGCUUCCGUUCGUCGACAAGAUUGUGUCGUUUGCCAACACGGCGAUCUUGUUCUGGCGUUAUGGGUUUUCUCUCAUUCGCAUGGACAACUUCGUUCAGAGGACUGUGAAUAACUUCUUGAAGUACUAUGAAAGCACCGACUCGAGGCCCGUUUUUGAGACGGUGGACGAUAUGCUCAAAUGGGCAGGGCUCUACAAUCUUACCGGGCAUACUUUAGAGGAGGAGUUAAUCAGUAUUGGGUUGUCUCCCUUGCUGAUAAGGGAACUCAUCACUGUCAUCACAAGGGUUAAUUAUGGUCAAAGUGUAAGCAUCAGCGGACUGGCUGGCGCUGUUUCCUUGGCAGGAUCAGGGGGUGGCUUAUGGUCCGUCCAAGGAGGAAACUGGCAGAUGGCUUCUGGUUUACUCAAUCAUUCGAACGUCGAUCUGCACCUUCGUGAGGAGAUAGAGUCUAUUUCUAAUCUUGGAAACUAUUACGAGCUCAACUCCUCUGAAGGGAACAGUUACAAGUGCGAGGUUGCAGUGGUCGCCACACCAUUGGAUGAGGUGGACAUAAACUUUGACCCUCCAGUUACAAUUCCUCCGAGGAAGCUACAGCAUACGCAUGCGACUUUCGUGAGGGGUCUUCUAAACCCUGCGUACUUUGGGCUGGGCUCUGUGGAAGAAAUUCCAGAACUCGUUGGUACAAUCGAGGAUCCUGGUGUUCCAUUCUCGAGCAUUUCGGUUCUCAAGCGAUACAACGAAAAGGAGGUGACUUACAAGGUUUUCUCCCGCGAAGCCAUGGUAGACACACUGCUGGAUCAGAUAUUCAGUGUCCGGAAGGAGACGAUCCGCAUCAACUGGGGCGCUUACCCCCAUUACGAGGCUCCUGAAGCGUUUGCCCCUUUCAUUCUGGACGGACAGGAUUUGUACUACGUCAACGCCUUUGAGAACGCCGCGAGCACGAUGGAGACGAGCGCCGUCGCAGCCGAGAACGUCGUGCGCCUCAUCCUGUCGAGACAUUCCGGCCUCAUGUACUCGAAGCUUUCGGGCUCGGAGAGCUCUGCGGUCGGCACGGGUUUGCAUUGGGAUCUGUGAUGAUAUGUGUAAAUCUUGUAAAGAUGUAACUCACCAAGUACCAUGAUGCAAGGAGCCCUGGAAUGUGAAUUUAUAUCCUGUGAUGGAUAUAGCUUGGAAAUAUGGUUUUCAGUUUAUGAGACACCUUAAAAAUAAUGUUUGAUGGAUAAUAUUAUUCAACAAUUAGAUGAUCACAUUA